GCAAAAACUAUCAAUACCUCUGAAAUUUUCCUACCAAAAAAAUUCCAGAAAAAAAGGAAAGAAAAAGCAGGAAAUGGCAUUGGCAACAACGUUUCUCUCAUCUGCAAACUCCUUCCUCUCCUCCUCCUCCUCCUCCUCAUCAUCAUCUUCUUUAUUUUUUCGACAAAAGAACAAUGCCAUGAGACAGGUGUCUAUUUGCAGAGCUUUCAGUGAGUCACCAUCACCAUCACCAUCUUCUCCAAUUUUAACGAAACGAAGCCUCUCUAUUUCCUUCAUCACCAGCUUUGUCUUCUCAUUGGCUAGCAGGAGCAAUUCCAGUGCCAAUGCAGCUAUAUUGGAAGCUGAUGAUGAUGAAGAGCUAUUGGAGAGAGUGAAGAGAGACAGAAAGAAGAGGAUUGAAAGACAAGGUUUCAUUAGUUCAUCUAACAAGGAAACAGGAUAUUUGCAGGAUCUGGUUUACAAGCUGAGCAAAGUGGGUCAAGCCAUAGAAAACAAUGAUCUAUCAACAGCUGGUUCAGUUCUUGGCGGAAGCACAAAUACAGAUUGGGUCCAAAAGGCUAAUAUUGCUUUCUCCAAGGUAAACAUGGUUAAUAUUGUUCUUUCAUUCAAAUUAUUGUCCACAUGUGAUUGCUUUUGUGUUAUUUGUCCACAGCUGAGCUCCAGUACUGAGGAGAAGAAACAGGUGGAUACGUUCAAUUCAUCUCUAUCUUCAUUGAUUUCGUCAGUUACAGGAAAGGACAUUGAAUCCUCCAAAUUAGCUUUUGUGUCAUCUGCCACAGCAUUCGAGAAAUGGACAACCUUGACAGGGCUGUUCGGACAGCUCAAAGGGCUUUAGUUAGGACACGAUUAUGUUUUUUCCAGUUGUCGUGCACAUCCUUUCUUUCUCCUUUCGAGCAUUCUGAGUUCCAUUCCUUUUAACACCCUCGCUUAUAUUGUUUGAUCUGUAUGAGUAGUUCCAGAAACUAGAGACCCAACAGGCUAUUUUCCCUGCACAAGAGUUGUAGUUCUUUGCUCAAUCCUCUUGAGCUACAAGUAUAAAACAUUUCUUAUAAAUUGAAUUUCUAUGAAAAUUGCAGUUAAGUUUUAA